AGAGAAAUGGAAAAGAGGCGCUCUUAUUAUGGAGACAGUAGCUCCACAACUUCCGCUUAACUUGGCGCAGCUUCACCGUGCGCACAUUCCAGUUUCAGAGAGCGCUCAGCGGAUCUGGGAGGCAGCGCAUUCCUCUGUAGGCGCGACAGACCCUGCCGAGCGGGUUGAUCGCAGUGGACCGAAGAAAGGCGUCGAAACCCGGCAUCAGCUGGAGGGAAUGACGGCAGGUGUCCGUGGGGCAGCGGCAGGUGGAGCGAGGUUAGGGAAGGACUAGGUGAGACAUGGAUUGCGCAAAGCAGCCGGAGCCUGUACCUGCACCGUGUCCAGGAAGUUUGAAGCUCUGAUUGGAGGUGGAUUUUCAGAAGUUUUGUUCAUGGCGGGCUGCUGCGGCUGGAUCUACCGCACCUGCGUGUGCUGUCUGUCGGAGGAGGAGAAGACCGCCAUCGCUGUGGACAAAGAGAUCAAGAGGAUCCUCAGGCAGCAGAAGAAGAAGGAGAGAAGAGAGAUCAAGAUCCUGCUGCUGGGAACUGGAGAAAGUGGGAAAACCACCUUCCUCCGACAGAUGAAGAUCAUCCACGGUCGAGGCUUCUCAGAAGAAGAGAGAAAAGCCUUUGCUAAAUGCAUCUACCAGAACAUCUUCACUGCCAUCAAAGCCAUGGCAGGAGCCAUGACCACACUCAAAAUCCCUUAUGCCAACCCUGAGAAUAAGAGGUAUGCCGAGUGGCUGCAGGAGGUGAACACAGUGCACAUCGUUCACCUGGAGAGAAGAUAUGUGGAUGCAAUCCACCGCCUCUGGUUAGACCGGGGAAUACAGAUCUGUUACGGCCGUCGCAGCGAGUACCAGCUCCUGGACUCCACCGAGUACUACCUGAAGAACUUGGAGCGGAUCUCGGCCCACGACUACAUCCCUACGGAGCAGGACGUGCUGCGUGUUCGGUUUCCCACCACGGGCAUCCACGACUACUCAUUCACCGUCAAGAACAUCACGCUAAGGAUUGUGGAUGUUGGCGGUCAGAAGUCGGAGCGUCGGAAGUGGAUCCACUGCUUUGAAAAUGUCACCUCCCUCAUCUUCCUGGCCUCCCUCAGCGAGUACGACCAGGUCCUAGAGGAGAGAGAUAAAAUUAACCGCAUGGUUGAGAGUCUGGCUCUGUUCUACACCACCAUUCAUUCUGACUGGUUCCGCAACACCUCCAUCAUCCUCUUCCUCAACAAGACUGAUAUCCUGGAAGACAAGGUCCGGACCUCAGACCUGAUAAAAGUCUUCCCAGCUUUCACAGGUGAAAAGCACAACGCUGAGCAAGCGAAGCAGUUCAUCCUUAAAAUGUACAAGCAGCGGGCCCUCAACCAAGACACUCAGGAAUGGAAGACCUUGUACCCUCACUUCACCUGUGCCACAGACACCAAUAACAUCCGCAAGGUUUUCACCGACAUAAGGGACACAGUACUGCUCAAGUCGCUAAAGGACUAUGGGGUCCUCUGAACUUACAGUCAGCUGUGAGAAGCGGACAGAGAAGCAACGGUUUCCACAUUUAUCUGGAGAAAAGACUGAAAGCGGAGGUUGAAAACCACAUUGAGCUUUCCUUGUUCACAUGAAGAAUAUUUUCCCUUUGAGAUCCUCUCCACCUGUCUUGUUUUAGUGCAGCUGGUGGAGUUGUUACUUCUUUACUGAAAUCUGAAUAUGAGAACACAAAGUCCUAUAAAAAGAGUUGGAAUCAUCUACCUGUAAUCCGACCUAUGUUUCUGAG